CAGCAAACACAAAACUGUUGAUGACUUCUAUUGCUUCUGGGCCGGCGACGGUGAGCAGCAAGGCGAUCUUUCUUUCCUCUGCUCGCCGAUGUACUCUGACUGCCGCCAUGUACACCUGGAAAUGCUGUUUGAAAGAGCUGGACCUGAGUAACAAUAACCUGCAGAAUUCAGGAGUGACGCUUCUGUCAGCAGGACUGGGAAUAUGGAGCCAGAACAGUGCCACUAAAAAACGAAACCAAAAAAUGAACUGAAACUGAAAAAUUAAACAUCCACAUUGAAAUAAAUGAAGUUAAAACAGUUUUUUUACACACACAAAAAAAGUUUUAUUGAAAAAUAACAUAUAAACCUUUAAGAUCACAGCUUUAAGCAAAAAAAAAGUUUACACUAUCUUUUUUUCGUUGACUGAGUUUUUUUUUUUACGCUUGUUUGACUUUUUUUUUCGCUUACGCUUUUUCUUUUCGGUUUCAAUCCUCUGUCACUCUUUUGGCGUGGAGGGGAGGGGUUAAUAGGCGGGGCCAGAGGGUCCGCAAAUCCGCUGUAAUUUGCAUCUAAUUUGCAUCUAAUUUGCAUCCCGCUUCGGCUUGUCAGGACCGCUCCGAGCCUCGGUUAGCUAACGCAAUGGCUGCCACGAGUUCGGGCGGAACUAUUAAACCACAGAACUUAGAGGCCAGUGUGAUUGCUGCUGCCCAAGGACCCAGUAUAGCACAUUAAGGAGCACAGGGGCCAGAUUACUGCAGGUCGCUGCUGGGAUUGCUAAAGCAGAGUGCCAUGGCAGCCUCUCAACAACACACAGGGGCUCCUUUGCCUGGGAGACAGUUGAUGCAGAGACUGCUCAGAAGGCUCCAGGAAGCUCUGCAACAUCAGCCUUUGGAUUUUGAUUAUUUACACUUUGUUUUGAGCCAUGAAAUGAGACUUAUUCAGUCUUUUGCAGAUGUGUUUGAACUGCCACAAGAUGUUGUUCUUGCCUCAUCUGAUUUAUUAAGACUUCUUCAUUUGCAAGAACAGGAGAGAGCUCAAACUUCCACCAAUAUAGAGGUUCUUCACACUGUUACAGAACAAUCAAAAUUUAUUUCUAGAGACUGUCUUGAAUACCUCAUCAACAUGCAGCUGUCCAUCCCCAGUAUAGCCGAGCUGCUGGCUGUCAGCAAAAGAACAGUGUUUCGGCGGAUGCGUGAGUUUGGACUGUCAGUGAAGAGAUCAUACAGUCGUCUCACAGAUGAGGAGCUGGACAGCCUUGUUCAUUCGGUUAAAAUGAGGAUGCCACAAAUAGGCUAUAGAGUGAUGAAGGGAGAACUGCAAGCAAUGGGACACCGUACCAGAUGGGACCAGGUUUCAGCAUCUCUGCACAGGGUGGAUGCUGCAGGGAUUCUAGAGAGAAUGACUCAUUUAGGCCGUGUUGCUAGAAGAACACACUCUGUCAAAGGUCCCACUCACUGUUCAUGUGGAUACACACCACAAACUUAUCAGAUAUGGCAUUGUUUGCUGGGACUGACGGUUAUUCACGAAAGAUAAUGUACCUGGGUGCUGCUAAUAAUAACAAAGCAUCAACUGCACUUGGCUUCUUCAUGAACUCUGUUGAAAAGUUUGGCUUUCCAUUACGAGUUAGAGGAGACCAAGGAGUUGAAAAUGUUGGUAUUGCUCACUGUAUGUUCACUGUUCGUGGCUGUGGAAAAGCAAGCUACAUUUCAGGGAAAAGUGUGCAUAAUCAGAGAGUUGAGCGCUUGUGGCGUGACGUGUGGAUGGCAGUAACAAGUACUUAUUACGAGCUGCUUCACAGUCUUGAAGAGCAUGAUCUACUCAAUCCCUCGGACAGCCUACACUUGUUCUGUGCCCAGUACGUCUUUGUGCCACGCCUUCAAAUGGACCUUGACCUCUUCACAGAUGGCUGGGAUAACCAUCCCCUGCGUACUGAACAAAACCUGACUCCUAAUCAGCUUUGGUCGAUUGGACUUUUACAGAAUCCUGUGCCAGCAGCAGAGAAUCUAGAGGAUUUGCAUAAUCAUGGCAUCGUGGACCCUGACAGUUUGGGAGGAGAGCCUGCUGUUGGAGUUGUUGUACCACCCAUCCAGUGCCCCCUGGAGCCACAUGGUAUGGCUGGACUUAGAGAAGCUGUUGAUCCUCUGAGUCCCUCUCAGGACAAUGGAAAAGACCUUUACCUGGCUGCACUUACCUGUGCAACAUUUCAUUCAUAAACUGAUUUUGACUCCAGUGUCCUCCU